AUUAAGUAGUUUAGGAACAAAACUACUUCAUAAUUCAUAUAUAAUUUUUCUCUCUUGUUAUAAGAAAGGUCCUUAAUUAAUACACAAAAAUGGGUUCACCCCCAAAGAAUAAGGGAGAGAGGAAAAUAGAGAGAGGUUCUAUAGCUAUAAUCUUGAGAUAUGCAGAUUGUGUUGAUGUUUUGCUUAUGUUAAUGGGUGCUGUUGGAGCAGUUGGAGAUGGCAUGUCCACAAACAUUCUUCUCAUCUUCGCUAGCCGCAUCAUGAACAGCUUAGGAUAUGGCAACCAACAACAACAACAACAAAGUAGUGGCACUGCCAACAAUUACAUGUCCCAGGUUGAAAAGUGCAGCUUGUAUUUUGUGUACUUGGGACUAGCAGUGAUGCUGUUGGCCUUCAUGGAAGGGUACUGUUGGAGUAAAACAAGUGAGAGGCAGGUGUUGAGAAUUCGGUACAAGUAUUUGGAAGCUGUUCUAAGACAAGAAGUGGGGUUUUUUGAAUCACAAGAAGCAACUACUUCUGAAAUCAUCAAUUCCAUAUCAAAGGACACUUCUCUCCUCCAAGAAGUCCUAAGUGAAAAGGUUCAACUUCAUUUUAACACACUCUUCUUUAUCAAAAGUACGAAGUAUACACAAAAAAAUUAA